AAAAAAAGCACUUUUUGUCAUUGUCAAUAAUAUAUUUUUUUGGUCAUUUUUUUCGUUUGCAAAUGCUGUUAACCAGCGAUUUUUCAUGUCUGAAGUGUCACCUUUUAACCGUAAGUUUGCUUUCACGAGAUGACUGCCAAAGUUUUAUAGCAGGCUAAAAGGACGUUGGCUCAUAUACAACACACAGACAAGACUCGGAAGGGCAUUUUGACAAAGACUUGGUUGACACAGAAGACAGACGCAAUAAGACAUCCGUUACUGAUGUCUAUCUACAAGCCUGCAAGUUGGUUGGUGUUGUUCCAGUCUCCUACUUCUUACGGAACCUAGACUCUCCUACCAUGUCGCUCAGCCACCAUGGCCUCGGACCACUGGGGUGCAAAGCGCUCGCGAUUGCUUUGGUGAGUGAUGUACAUCUCACCACUCUAGAACUGGCUGACAACUACAUUCAGGCAGAUGGUGCCAAGGAUGUUGCAGAGAUGCUCAAGGCUAAUUUCACCAUCCAUCAUUUGGAUUUGUCCAACAACCAUCUUCGUUCCGCUGGAGCUGAGUAUGUGAGUAAGAUGUUGAUGGACAGCCUUUCGUUAAAAUCCGUCAAACUAUCAGGAAAUGGAUUUACAGACGAUGACGCAAAGUACUUUGCCGAAGCCAUGUCUAUCAAUUUCAGUAUUAAAGAGUUAGAUCUCAGCCAUAACAGGUUUUGUGGACGAGGAGGGGAGCACCUGGGAAUGCUGUUGGCAAACAAUGAGCAUCUGGAAGUAUUGGACCUUUGUUGGAAUCAACUCAGAAUGAAGGGAGCUGUUGCUCUGAGUGCUGGACUCAAGGUGAAUACUACAUUAAAGCACCUUGACCUGUCAUGGAAUGGUUUUGGGAAUGAGGGGGCCCUAGCAAUGGGUGAAGCUCUGAAAUUCAACAGUACUCUGGUGCACCUCAACCUCAACAACAAUCGCAUCACCAAUGAGGGUGUUAGCAUGCUCUGCAAGGGUCUGGAGUACAACGACACACUCCGGGUUCUGAUGUUGGCUUACAAUUCACUAACAGUAGAGGGAGCACUGUCUCUGGUUAACAUGGUGAAGAAAACCCAUAAAACUGCUUUGGAAGAGAUUAAUAUAUGUAACGUUUUGGUCAAUGAAAACUUUUUACAUCUGCUGGAAGUAACUUGCGAAGAGCAUCCUGGUUUAGAUGUACAGUAUGGAGGCGUUGGAGGGUUUAUUGCCAAGAAGCCAGUAAAACGCAUCGACCCAAUGAAAGUCAUCCAGGACUAUCUGGAUCAGCACAAGCUUCGUCUUUGGGAUUUCUUCCGAAAUAUUGACAAAGAUGCCACCAUGCGAGUCCCUGUGGUUGACUUCAGGAAUGCGAUGCAGCAGUCAAACGUUCCCUUGGAUCGAUUCCAGAUCGAGGAACUUAUCCAGAGGCUCGACCGUGACAGGACAGGAAUAGUGGACUACAGGGGUCUGGCAGAUACCAGGAAGCAAAUGGUGCGCAACCACCGGCGACAACUGCGCAAAGUCGCAUCUCGACAGAAGAAAGAGAAGCAUAAGAGCGAUCGCAUUCUCAAGACUUUCCAGAGCGCCGUGGAAGCCGUGACGCCUCUCGCCUCUGUGGUUAUAUCUCCAGGGGAUAUUAAAGAAGAUUCGACAGGGCCCCAUCACUUCUCGGCCACUCCUCUCAGUUCUUGGCACCGCAUUGUAACGUCAAACAGUGGCCGGUACACGGUUUCUAACCCCAGCAAUGAUCAAGUCCACUUGCCUAUGUUAGUAGGCGUACACUCCCAGCGUUUCACUAAGUCUCCAAAUUUCCACACGCGUUCCCAGCCCAAUUUGCUGACUACCUCCCGUCAAUCUGACCGAGGCGUAUCCGCCCCCGCACGGGCCGUACGUUCCAAUCCCGAGAUCAGCCACAACAAGCUUAAGCCACUAACGGUUGACCACCUGACCAAGUCCAGACCUGCUCUUGACACCACACCGCUUGGCAUUAAAGCCAAAAAAGGGAAGAAAUCUAAAGCAAAGAAACAUGUGGAGAAGAACUUAAAGAAUUCCAAAAAGUGAUUGAAAAAUUAAACUGAACAAAUUUGACAGUAUUUUGGCGUGAUUCAAAUACCAGUUGUGUCUCUUUAACUCUUGAAAGUGAAUAAAUAUAACAUAUUAACAUCAUUCUGUCAUUAUUUAGUAUUUAUCUCAAGUUAGUGUGCUAGCUAGGGUACUCUCGAGUUACUAACUGUACAUUCUGGGACAUUCCGUGUUGACUUCCUGUUUAUUUUUGAUCUUUUUUUUUUUUAUUUAAGAGGAUUUACGGGCCGCUUCCGGUUCAUUGGUUACAACCUGUUGAUUUUGUUGGAUUUCCACAUUACUUCCUGUUGAUUUUGUGUCACUUCCUGUUGGGUUUGGGGGCAUUUUUGGGCCAGUUCCUUGUUAACCCUUUAACACCGAACGUGUCGGCAGCGACGCGUUUACGCAUGUCGUCUUUGAAGCUUCGUCACGCUGUAAUUACGUCACCCACCUGCCGCUGGUUGGUCUCAUUUGAAAGUGCGGAAGUUCAUGUCCACACCACUUUUUAUUUGAAGUCAAUCGACCAAGAAAAACGGGAAAUAAUGUCAUUUGAGUUUUAUGGUUUUAUUACACUC